AUGAUUUUUUUAUUUUGUUCUUCGGUUCGGUUCCGGAUAUCCGAAGAUUCUCCAAGAACCGACAUCCUUAUAAGAGACAAAUUUACAGAGAGGUCCAACGUUCGCUCAAAAUCUGACUCUGCUGCAUUAGAUUUAGUUGUAGAAAAACUUAGACCGAAAUAUAUUCCAUUCACUUCUCCAUUUGCAAGUGUUGAUUCAAUUUGUAGUCUUCUGACCAAGAAUGAAACAACAAAACAAUUUAUUCAACCUUCAGUUGAUGUUGCACCCUCCUUGAAUGAAGAAGACGAUGAAGAAUAUGAUUUUAUUUUACCUCCACCACAAACAUCAAGAAGAAAAUUGCGUAAUGUGCGAUUUGCUGAUGAAUGUGGAUUUAGACUGUCUACUGUGCGAAUAAUGACUGAGCCUAGCGAUUAUCCGCCUAAAAUUAGUCCAGCUGUUCUUCGUCGGAUAAAACGUGCAGCAAUGCAAAGUGAACUGAUUGACUCGAAUAAAACAAAAUCCGACGGAUGGACUAAUUCGGAUGAUGAAGAAGAAGAUUCUGGUGAUAAUGACUACGAAGAAUUUGAUGGUUUGGAUGAAGUCAAACGAAUUCAUCGCCGCUCUUCUUGGAAGCUUUGUUUCAAACAACCAGCUAGUGAAUAUCUAAAGUUUCGUGAAACGCUUGACAGAUUGAAGGUUGCAUUGGAAAAUGUUAUGCUUCGUAAUGAUUUGGGGCGUAUGAACGGGACGAUUAAGGUUGCCAACAUUGCUUAUGAAAAGAGUGUUUUUGUGCGCAUUAGUGACGACCGUUGGAGUACUUUUCGAGAUCGGCCUGCUAAAUACCAAUGUUCGCCUUCCAAAGCUUUUGACACUUUUCGAUUUGAUUUUGACAUUCCUCGAAAUGAUAAAUCGGAUUCACGUAUUGAGUUUUGUAUUUGCUACAAAGCAAAUAAUACUGAAUAUUGGGAUUCUAAUGAUGGCCAUAAUUUUGUGCUCACUCCAGAUGAACCAUUUCCUUUGUUAAUUUCUUCAUCACAGCACUUUAAAGACAUCAAAGUUUAUUAUUAA